ACGGUCACACGCACACACAAACACACACACACACAUAUAUGUGUAUAUAUAUACAUAGGGACCUUCGAGUUAGUUUAACGAAAGAAACGGCGAAAGACCUUCUGGUAGAAGAGAACAAGAGAUCUAAACACUUAAAAUAUAUUUAUCGGCACCCUUGGAUAUCUGAACAAAAAAAGAAAAAAGAAAAAAAAAAAAAAAAACAACACAAGAAAUUUCUAAAAUACCCCUAUUAAUCGUAUAUUUUGAUACGAAGAAAUGAAAAAGAAAGAAAGAAAAAAAAAUAAGAAAAAAGAAAAGCAAGAAAAAGAAAAGAUUUGCUUUAUACGUAAUUCUCACGACAAAAUUCAAAAUCAUUUUACUGCCAAAGGGGCUAGCCGAGGAUCGUAUAGAUAAAUAAAUUGUGUGAUUAGUGAAAAACGAGACGCGGUAUAAUUUAUUAAGUAAAAAAAAUAGAGGAGAAAAGACACGAAGAUGAAGAAGAUGAAAAUGAAAAUAAUGAUGAAGAUGAAGAAGAGAGAGAGAGAGAGAGAGAGAGAGAGAAAACAUAAUCAAAGAACUUUUUUAUUUUUCUUUCUCUCUAAUUGUUGUGUAGGACGUACGGAACGUCCAAUUGUCGAUAUAAACAAAAAGAAAUAGAUAUAUAGAAAAACCAACGAGAGAGAGAGAGAGAGAGAGAGAGAGAGAGAGAGAGAAAUUAUGUACGAAGAAUGUGUGUUAAAAUGGAGUAGCUACAAAGUUUGCGUCGUUUGAAAUAUAUUUUUAGACUUUUAGAUUAUUAUUUAGACACGGUUGUGCUUUCGUAGAGCUCGCAUUUUCAAAUCAACAUCGUUCGUUAGAAUUUAAACGUUCGAUACGUGAUAAUGCAUAUCGUCCGAUCUCGUCGAAGACACGAUCGAUAUUUUUGUUCUCUCUUUUGAAGCUGUACGAGCAUCAGAAAAAGAUAUUAGUAAAGAACACAAAGAUAUUAACAAAUAUUUACUUCGUAUCGCUUCGAUGCUUUCUCUCUUUUUUUUUUUUUUUUUCCUUAUUCUGUUUUUCUUUGUAAUUUAAUUUUUAGUCUACUCAAUAAUUUCUCUCAUGUGUUUAAUUUAAAACAAAUUUUUGUGAAAACAAUGGACUCGAUAAAAAAAAAAAAAGAAAAAGAAGAAGAACAAAAGAAAAAAGAAUUUUUCGAUUAAGAAUCGAAAUUUUUAUAGCCAAUUGUUUUCGCGAGUCUAUUGCUCUACUAACACGACAAAAGAAAAAAAAAAGAAAGAGAGAAAGAAAGAGAGAGAAGAUAGCAAUCAUUCAAUAGUACUCAACUUCGUGGAGUAUACAUGAAUGUUAGAAGUAAAACAGAAAUGUUCCUACGUUAGUAGACACGUGCAACGGUAUUCGACGUAAUUGACGUUAGUUAAUAAAUGGAAUGAGAUAAGGAGGGAAAAAGAAAUAAGGAAAAAGAAAUAUCGAAGAAUAUUAAAUAAAUUGGUGAGAUAAAAGUGACAUUCGAGUGAAUCCAACGGCUAAAAUUAUUUGCACGGAAAAUCGUCGAGAAAGGACAAGAAUUAGAAAAAAAAAAAAAAAGAAACAAAAAGAGAAAGAAAGAGAGAAAGAAAAAACGAGAGAAAAGAAAAGAAAAGAAAACCAUAAAUUUGGUUGCUAUAUUGUAUUCGUCGUACACAUUCUUAUCGUUGAUACGAUAAGACGUAAUAGAAUAGACAGUGAUAAAGAUCGAAUAUAACAAAAUGACUUACCUACGUAAAAGCAGUACUUUUCAGUGACUGUCGUUAUCGUUGAACAUAUAUUUUAUUUUAUAUUUUAUUUUACUUUUUCUUUUCCUUUAAUUUCUCUAUACGAACAUCGUUAGUUCUUCCAAUCCUCGUUCCUUGUUCAUCGACUAUCAACACGAUGCUACGACGUUUACGAAGACUUAAGUCGAUAGCACCACCGGCUACGCCGCUACAAGACUUCACAUACCACUGGAAACAACUUAUGAAUUUUUAUAUCAACCACUUGAACGAUUGCAAAGUUCCAAUACAAUCGACCAGUAUACCAAAACAUCUCGAUAGAUUACUUGAGAUUUUAUUGGAAGAGGAAAAAGAUGGGAAUGAUCCUGGGCCAUGUUUGGAGUACUUAUUGCAGCACAAACUUUUGGAUCUGUUAGCUUCAUUAGCAACAGCUGAGACACCACCUGGUAUGAGAGUGGUCUGUCUUUCAUUCCUAAGAAAAUUACUUGGUCGAUCAAAAUACCCGUUGCUACAUCACACCUCGAUCUAUUCACCUAUACAACGUCUGAUCGUACUCUGCAAUGGGAACUCACCGUCUCCGAUCGAAACCGAAGAGAUUCAAUUUCUCUUAACGCUCUGUUUUUUAGUCUGCAAGUAUCCGCACGUGACGAACAUAAUAAACGACGUACCAAUGCUACAAAAAGCAAGUAGCUCGAAUCGUUCAAGUUCGGAAAGAUUAGAAGUUGAAAAGGUUACUUACGUUCCAAACAGAAAAAAGAACAAUUCUAAUCCUUUGUUCGAACCAUUGAAUACACAAGCGAUUGCCUUGGUAAAUCCGAAUCUUUUGAAUCCUGAAAACAAUAGACGAAAGUCUUUGUGUUCUAAUAUCAGCUGUAUCAAGAUAGACGUACCAUCUAACUCUUCCACGCGUUCGAACGCAUCUACUUCUUCCAAAGAUACGGAGAAUAUAUCCCAAUCCUCGAGCCCGCUCACACAAAAUGUUUACUGCAAUUCGACAUUGACUAUGAACCUGCCGGAUGAUACACAAAACAAUCAAAAUAUUACGGAUAAACUUUGCGAUGAACUUGACAAUCCCGUAGCCGAGAUAGAAACGUGUUUACAAAGUAUGAAAGACUCGAGACUUACCGAGGGUUGCAACGCGUGUGACAAAACGAAUAAUCCAAUGGAGAACAAUUGCGGACGAAGUCUUUUGAUACCUUCGCGAAUACCAGCGAAAUCAAAGUGCCUUCUAUUGGAAGCCCUUAUGAGCUACGUAAACAGUGCUGACAACACGGUUAGAGUGAGAGCUUGCGAAGGCAUCAUGGUUUUAGCUUCGCUCGAAGAUACCACCUUCGCUGAAAUGGUAGCACAAAGCGAUUUACCGUCAAUUAUAACUAGUCGUUUGGAGAAUCUUUUCAACGCCAUACCAGCUCACGUAGAUCCAAACGAGAUCGAUGUUGUCGACGUAACUUGGGGUUUGGAUUCGCCCUUAUGGACGAAGGAAAAGAAGUUUCCUGGUUGUCGACAAGUCGCAGCUUUUUACAUGUGGUUCGAUUAUUGUAAUCAGCUUAUAAGAGAAGCUUCUACGGAUGUAGCCGAUGUAUUGGCAAAGCACGUUAGAAUAAAUUUCUUCGAAAAAAUAGUUACGCCUGCGCUAGCCGAUCAUCAAGUUAUCCUCGUAACGGCGUUGAUUACAAAAUGCUUGAAAGAGCUUGCAUCCUCUACAUUGUGUACAGAGGUGAGCUACUGGCUUGUCGGACACAAUAGGCAUCCAGAAAUUCCAAACGUUUGUACGUCCCCGGUUUUGUAUAGAUUAAUAAAUAACUGUUACACGGACAGCGACGAACUGACGGUAGAGACGUUGAAAUUGUUCGAAGAAGUUAUAGAUAAAAGAAACGAACAUACUCUGCACUGUCUUGCAUUGAUGUAUUUGACAAGUCGAGGGUAUUACGAUAAUACGGCCGCAGAUAGUGCCAUUACAUCCUGGAGCGACGAAGAAGAUGAAAGAGAAAGGGAAAAGAAAAGUACAUUAGAUCUUUCUUAUGAACAAAGUCAUAGUAGAACUUUGGCUCCAAGUAAUAUUCAUAGGAUCGUCAAUUGCUUCUUAUCUCUGGUACCACGCUAUCUUCAAACCGAUCCUGAUAUCAAUAGUUACGAAAGAUGCAUGGUUGUUCUGGAAAAACAGUAUUCUACUGUAUUAAGGGAUUGUUUUUUAAUGGCAUGGCCUUUGGAAGCAGUAACGCAUGACGACUCUGCUAGUUCUGAUUCCAGACCAGAAGCUGAUCAUGGUGCUACACGGUUUUACAUGGGACCUUUUUUAACUAUGCUCUUCGAUAAAGUUUGCAAUAUGUCUAAGCAAAGAUACGAAAUUAACUUGCAACUUACGGUUGUAAUCUCUAGAUUAACACUCUUACCGCAUCCAUACUUGCAUGAAUUUUUAUUAAAUCCUCUUUUACCGCUAGUGCCUGGCACAAAAAGUCUAUUUACUUGUCUCCAGAAAGUAGUCAAGCAGCUAGUUAACGAAAUACCAAAGACCGCAGAAUCUAAACAAAAAUUGAAAGAAACAAGAGAGAGAUUAUUGGACGACUGUAUCCACGAUGUAGAGAAGGAAAAUACAUUGCUCGAAACUGUUGUAGUUACAGAAGAAUUUUGUAAGGGACUUGCCGCAAUAGCAUACGUCAAAUAUCAUCAUUCUAUGUGAUACUUAAUAUAAAAUGAACAAAUUUUAGUCGUUAAUGUAUUACUAAUGGAUGUAUUAUUGUUAUUGUAUUAUUUUAAUUAUGCUCGGAUAAAAUAUUAUUUCUGA